AUUUUGGUCGAAGGUACCACAUUGUCUGCUUUGGGUCGUGGCCUCAAGUAUUACUUGGAUCAAGCUGGUCAGGUCGAGUUGACUUGGAGCGGCAACCGUUUUGAUGAGUUGCCCCCUAUUCCUCCGCAUGUCCCUGACCUGGAACUGGAUACAAACCAGACUGUGACUACUGGACAUGUCCGCGGAAGCUUUGUUCCCUGGCGUUACUAUACCAAUGUGGUUACAUUUGGCUACCAGUUUGUGUUCUGGGAUUGGAAGCGCUGGGAGCGUGAGCUUGACUGGAUUUUGUUGAAUGGAAUAAAUCUGUUGCCUGCAAUGGUCGGCCAAGAAUAUAUCGCCCGCGAAUUCUACCGUAACCUGAACUUGACAGAUGAGGAGAUCGAUAGCUUCUUGACGGGCCCAUCUUAUAUGCCCUGGCAGCGUAUGGGCAACUUGCAAGGCUCCUGGACUCAUAAGUUACUCAACAGCAGUGCUGCCAAUGAGCUGGUCUACAAGAACAAGUGGAUUGAUGCUCAAUGGGACCUUCAAAAAUUGAUCAUCCGUCGCAUCCAAGAGCUAGGUAUUACGGCCAUCCUGCCUUCUUUCCAAGCGUUCACGCCCCGUGCCCUAGUUAACAAGUUCCCAGAGGCUGUCUUCAAGAAUUCGAGCCAAUGGUCCUUCUUCCCAGAGGAGCACACGAAUGUUACCUAUGUAAAGCAAACUGAUCCCCUGUUCACAACUCUGGCUACUCAGUUCUUACAGCUGCAACAAAAGCUAUACGAUGGCUACCAAUCUCAUUUCUACCUCUUGGAUCUGUAUAACGAGCUGAUUCCGGAUUGUGUGACUCCUGCUUGUUUGAAGGACACAACCACGAGUGUAACUAAGGCUCUUCAGGCGGCGGAUAAGGAUGCAGUCUGGGUAAUGCAAGGUUGGUUCUUGACCAAUACAGCUGUCUGGACCCCUGAGGCCACAAAGGCUUACUUCGAGGGCAUUCGUGAGGCCAAUGGAAAGACAUUUAUCUUUGACUUGGCUUCGGAUUCCAUUCCACUAUGGGAGUCCACUCAGGGAUUCUAUGGAUAUGACUUUGGCUUCAGCACUCUUAACAACUACGGUGCCGCUCAGGGUUUGUUUGGAAAGUUGCCAGCUCUUCUCACGACUGCUUAUAAGGCAUAUGGACAGUACAGUGCUAACUUGAAGGGCAUUGGUGUGACGACCGAGAGCGUUAAUAACAAUGAGUACAUCUAUCAGACGACACUGGAAUUGCCUUGGCAUGAUCCUAAGCAGGCCAUCGAUGGAGCUUCGCACUUGGAGCAGUUCAUCCGCCGUCGAUAUGGCCUAAAAGCGACACCCAAGGUCCAAGAUGCAUGGAAUAAACUGCGUCAGACCGUUUGGGAUUGCCAGUCAGGACAAUUGUCUCAAAGUAAAUCAUUUGUUGAGAAGACACCAGCGUUGAAUAUGAUCACUGGCCCAGAUGCCUGGCUGGGUACGGUCUUUUGGUAUAACAAGACGAUUGUUGCCGAAGCCUGGGAUCAACUGGUCCAGAGCGCUACUAAGGAGCACCAUGCCAAUGUCCCCAAGUCAUUCAAGUUUGAUCUUGUAGAUACAACUCGUGAGGUCUUGUUAGCUACAGUCUUCCCCGCAUUGCAUCAAUCCCUUGUUGAUGGAUACGAUGCCAAGGAUAUUAAUAAGAUUCGAACCUAUGGUCGCCAGCUCAUUGCAUUGAUCCGUGACGCUGAUAGAGUGUUGAACACGAACCCAGCUUUCUCAUUUGGUUCUUUUGUGAACGAAGCCAAGACCUCAAUCGAUCCCGCAGGUUACCAACAUUUCUUGGAAUCAAAUGCUCGCAACCUGGUGACCUGGUGGGGACCCGAGGGUACAGGACCCCCAGGCGCAUUGCCUGAUUAUGCAUCAAAGCAAUGGGGCGGUCUCUUGACUUCGUACUACCUACCUCGCUGGGAGUUGUUCAUUUCUCAAUUGGAGGAGGCAGUCUUAUCAAACUCUGCUUUUAAUCCGGACGAUUACUUGAGCAAGAGGUUGGCGCGUGAAGCUCAAUGGCAGACGCAGGUCUGGGGCCAACGCCCUGGUGAGACCUGGGUAACCAAUGGC